AUGUCGGUAGCUUUUACGGCCUACUCGUUGCCUCUUUCGACCAGCGGAAGAUGGAUCGUCGAUGCUACAACAGGUCAACGUGUGAAGUUAAUGUGUGUAAAUUGGCCAUCACACAUGGAAGCCAUGUUGGUGGAGGGCCUUCAAUUCAAGCGGCUUGAUGAUAUUGCUGCCUUGAUAGUGAAGUUGCGGUUUAAUUGCGUGCGUUUGACAUACCCAAUUUAUAUGUUCACACGCUACGCUAAUUUGACUGUUCAACAAUCUUUUCAAAAAUUGGAUUUGAAAGAGGCCAUAACAGGCAUAACUCAAAACAAUCCUUCUAUUUUGAACAUGACAAUCGUUGAAGCUUAUGUUGCAGUAGUUGAUUCACUUACUGCACAUGGAAUUAUGGUCGUUUCGGAUAAUCAUGUAAGUCAACCAGGAUGGUGUUGUGGUAAUGACGAUGGCAAUGGCUUCUUUGGAGAUCGUUAUUUCGAUCCUCAAGAAUGGCUACAAGGACUCCGUUUGGCCGCUGAAACCUUAAAGAACAAGUCUCACGUGGUAGCAAUGAGCUUGAGAAACGAGCUGCGAGGAGGACACCAAAAAGAGGACGUGUGGUAUCAAUACAUGAGUGAAGGAGCUAAGCUCAUUCACCAAAUUAACCCAAAUGUUUUAGUUGUAGUUUCGGGACUAAGCUACGACACUGAUCUCGGCUUCUUGAAAAACAGACCCAUGGGGUUCAACUUAGACAACAAGCUUGUAUUUGAGAUUCACUUGUACUCUUUCUCACAUAAUGGUCGUGGUUGGAUGUCGAAGCCAUUAAACACAUUCUGUGCUAGUAGCAAUCAAGGAUUUGAAGACCGAGCAGGGUUUCUUGUGAGAGGACAAAACUCAACGCCAUUGUUGGUGAGUGAAUUUGGGAUCGACCAAACAGGCGCAGAUGAGGGUCAAAAUCGAUUUUUGAACUGCUUUUCUACCUACCUUACCGAAAAUGAUUUUGAUUGGGCCUUAUGGGCUUUACAAGGUAGUUACUAUCGUCGUGACGGUAUGAUAAAUUCUCAGGAAACAUACGGCGUCUUAGAUUCCAAUUUUACCGGUGCAAAAAAGCCCAAUUUCCUUCAGAAGUUCGAGCUUUUACAAACUAAACUUCAAGAUCCAAGUUCAAAGCAGACAACAUCGUUCAUAAUGUACUAUCCUCUUAGUGGUGAAUGUGUACUAACAAAUGAAAAAAAUCAAUUAGCACUUGGUGGAUGUAACCAUUCUUAUCGUUGGAGCCAUGAAAAAGAUGGUGCACCAAUGAGGUCGGUAGGAUCUAAAUUGUGUUUAAAAGCGGUAGGAGAUGGGCAACCUCCAAUUCUCAAUGAAGACUGCUCGAGCCAACAAAGUGCUUGGAAAUAUGCUACAGAGUCGAAGCUUCAACUAGCCUCCACUAACGAACAAGGACAAGCUUUGUGCUUGCAAAGUGAUCCUACUUCAGGUCUAAUCGUGACUAAGAACUGCAUGUGUUUGAAUGAUGCCGAGUGUCGUGAAGAUCCACAAAGUCAAUGGUUCAAGCUUGUCCCGUCCAAUGUAAUUCCCAGUUAA